UUUUUUUUAAGAUGGAAAGGGGAAAAUAACCCCUUGACUGUUGAGUAAUCUAGAAGAACCCUGGCAUUGUAUGUGUGUUGAUGGGUGGGAGUGCUGGUCUUUCGUGGGUUUUGGUGGUCUCUUUAGGGUGUUGUUGGGCUGUGAAGUUGUAUGUUUAUGUGUGUGUGUGUCUGUAUGUGUAUAUCUGUAUUUGUGUAUCUGUAUGUGUAUAUCUGUGUGUAUGUUUGUUUAUAUAUAGAUAUAUAUAUAUAUGUAUAUGUAUGUAUGCGGGUGAGUGUAUAUAGUCUGAAUUCCGCGCUACCUCGUCGCCGGAUGGUCCAUCGGCUUACUUCAAGGUUCGCACACAGACAUGUAAACAAGGCUGUCCCUGUCCGAUCUAUCUAUAUAUGCGAUCUGCACUGCGUGAUACCUUAAACAGGUAGUGCAUCGACGGCCACCAUACUACUGCCUCACCACGCCUCUCGCUCACCUUCGCUAAUCACCGUGGCAUCGUGCG